CAACUUCUGAACAACAAACGGAACCAGAACUAUUCCAAUAUAGUUCUAAUUGUUCAGUGUUGUCUAAAAGACGUAUAACUGAAAUAAUACGAACCAGUUCAAUAUCGAUUUUAUUGUUGGCACUGCAGACUGAUCGUCUGAUCCGGAACUACCAAAUGUACAGUUCCAGUGCUCAAGAUGCCGCCAGUGCGGCGGCCACCUACAAGGCGCUGCUCGACUAUUACGCCAACGCACGCAGCGCUGCCAGUCACAUUGUCUCGCUCACGCUGGCACCGCUCAACGAGUCGCUGUCCAUGGGCUUGGCCGAGGCCGGUAAUGGGAAUGCCAGCGGCAAUGCGAAUAGCAGCGCCAGCUAUGAGGAUGAUGCACUUUCCGCCGGAAAUAUAUUUUUGAUCACCGAGAGCGUGGCCACCGAAUCGAGCCGCGGCGCUGCAGCUGCAAAUGGAGCUGCCGUUGGCAGCGGCCGCAGUAGCAGCAGCAGUGCUCCCACUGAGAUGCCAGCUUGGCUCAUACCCAGCUAUAGCCUGAUCCUGCUGUGCGCUGUGGUUGGCAAUCUUUUGGUCAUUUCAACGCUGAUGCAGAACCGUCGCAUGCGCACAAUUACCAAUCUCUUUCUGCUCAACUUGGCCAUUUCGGACAUGUUGCUGGGCGUGCUCUGCAUGCCCGUUACCCUUGUUGGGACUCUAUUGCGCAAUUUCAUCUUUGGCGAGUUUCUCUGCAAGCUCAUACAGUUCGCACAGGCGUCUUCUGUGGCCGUCUCCUCGUGGACCUUGGUGGCCAUCAGUUGUGAACGUUAUUACGCCAUAUGUCAUCCGCUGCGCUCGAGGUCCUGGCAGACAAUAAGCCAUGCCUAUAAGAUAAUCGGGUUCAUAUGGCUCGGGGGCAUUUUGUGCAUGACGCCAAUAGCGGUAUUCAGUCGAUUGAUACCCACAAGCCGGCCAGGGUUCUGCAAAUGCCGCGAGCACUGGCCAGACCAGGGCUACGAGCGCUUCUACAACAUUAUGUUGGAUCUCAUCCUGCUCGUCCUGCCGCUGCUGGUGCUGUGUGCUGCCUAUAUACUCAUUACGCGAACUCUCUAUAUCGGCAUGGAUGUGGGCAAGGAUGCCAGAAUGCCGGCUAGCAGUGGCAGCGCCCAAACGGUGGCCACGGCGGCCAUAGCCGCCACGCCCGGCAGCAGCAGCUGCGUUCUGGUCCUGAAUGCCGCCAGCGAGUACAAUGAGAGCAGCAACAACAACAAUGGCGCCGCGACAAGCACAACAGCAGCAGCAACAGCAACAGCAACAGCUACAACAACAGCAACAGCAACAACGACACUUACAACGAUAACAACAACGACAUUGACAACUGUGACACCGGCCAAGUCCUCGAAUGCCUCGCCAAGUUUGCGUAUACACGAUGCGGCAUUGCGCAGAUCCAACGAGACUAGGACGCUGGAGAGCAAGAAACGCGUGGUAAAGAUGCUGUUUGUGCUGGUUUUAGAGUUCUUCAUCUGCUGGACGCCUUUGUACGUGAUCAAUACGCUGAGCAUGUUUAUUGGACAGGCGCUGUACGAAUACAUUGACUACACCACGAUCAGUUUCCUCCAGCUGCUCGCCUAUUCCUCGAGCUGCUGCAAUCCGAUUACCUAUUGCUUCAUGAACGCCAGCUUUCGGCGCGCUUUUGUGGACACGUUCAAGGGCUUGCCUUGGAAACGCAACGGCACAGCGGCCGGCGCUCUCUCAGCCAGCCAGGGGGGCGUGCCCAAUUUAUCGAAUCCCAAUCCCGGCUUGGCCAUGGGCAUGGACACCUGGCGUUCGCGCUCCCGCAACGAUCAGCUGCUAAACUCUGUGGUGUACACGAACAGCGCCGCCGCCGCUGCGGAUAGUCCACAACUAUAAGGAGGAGGGUUGGUUAGGAUC